AUGUGGAUGUCGAAAUGGAUUAUCCUCUUGAGUGUUUUUUUGGCUAUUAGUGCACAGAAAAUCAUUCAUUUUAACAGUUCUUUAGAGAAUACCACCGAAGGAGAAGAGCUUCACAUAACCUGUAGUUUUGAUAACUCAACUUCGAGUAUGUAUAUUGGAAGGAAUGGUUCACGUAUCUGUACAUUCACACAUGGGCCCCCCCAGGAAAAGUGUGAUACAACUCAUGUUGGAAGAAGAAUGUUGUAUGGUAAUAGGAAAUAUUACGAAUGUUGUAUUAAGACUACCGACUUAGGAACGAGUCUUACUGUGAUAAUAAAUAAGACCAGAAAGGAAGAUAAUGGUAUAUGGGUUUGUAGUGCAAAUCAAAUCAGAGAAUUACAAUUAGUUGUUAAAUAUCUACCUUCCAUAAAGAAUAUAACAACAAAGCCCAAUGGCGAAAAUAUAACAGAUGGAUCAAGUGUUCAAUUAUCAUGUUCAGUUGACAGUGUUCCUGAGUCUAAUAUAACAUGGUCUGUUAAUGGGAAAGUGGUAGACAAUCAAAGACCAGUGAUAGAAAAUGUUACUUGUCAAGACGGUGGGAGAUAUGUAGCUAAAUGUAUUGCUCAAAAUAUUGUUGGUAAUAGCGCAAUGAAAGAACAUAUUGUAAAUGUCUAUUGUCCACCGAGAGCAAAUCCAAAGGAGAUGCCUAAAACACAGAUGAUAGCUUCCCUGGAAGACUCAGUGACCUUGACUGCCACACUCAUGGCAUAUCCUGCUCCGAACUUUACAUGGAAAUAUCUUUUAGAAGAUAAAACAGAGAAAAUAAUUUCAGAUCAUAGAAUAACCACUGAGUCAGAUAAACUGACAUCUUCCUUGCAUAUACCUGAUAUUCAGGAAUAUGAUUAUGGCUACUAUAUUAUGUAUGCUACAAAUGUUUUGGAUUCAACGUCUUUCAAAUUCAUUCUGAAGAAGGCUGAUGACAAUAAACUUGGUACUGGUAUUGGUAUUGGAUUUAUUGUUGGACUAUUGGUUAUGGGAGUAAUUGUAGUAAUAGUUUUCUUAAUUUGGAAGAAACGAGGAGAAACAGGCGUGAAUUUUAAGGAGAUGUUUCAAAUCCAGAAAAAACCUCCAAGAAGAGCUAGUUCUGCAGACACGUCAUCAACUACUAGAAAGCCAUCAACUACACAGACUGCAGCAGUUAAAUUUGACAAAAUACCAGAUGCAACUUAUGAAGGUUUAGAUUCCACUCAACCUAGAGUGGAUCAGACAUACGAAGGUCUACUUCCUAACAUUUCUUUGAAGCAAGCGUAUGAGGAACAAGAAAUUUAUGAAAAUCAGGUGGUAACAUAA